AUGUGUCCAGUGUUAAUGACCCGUUUGUUAUUAUGUUCAAUUUUUUUACUCGAAAGGAACUAUGUCAUAAGUACCGAGUAUAGAGGUAAAUCACUAGGAACUCUGAAUUCAUACCAUCAUCAAGUUGGUGGUGAAGUGUAUGCUGUUAAUGAGUAUACACUGUUGAUAUCAGAUUUUACAUUUGAUGGUAGUGCGAAUGAUGCAUUUUUCUGGGCAGGUGCUUCUAGUAGACCAGGGCCUCAAGGAUUUAUUUUGGCUAAUGAAUAUGGACGGACUGAUGUGCUUAAACGAUAUUUAGGAAAAGAAUUGAAAUUAACUCUUCCCGAUAAUAAAAAAUUGACUGAUAUAAAUUGGCUUGCUAUUUACGAUCUUUCAAAAAAUAUUGUGUUUGGUGAUGUGUAUGUCCCAGAAGAUUUUGAACCACCAAUUAAACAAAUAAUUGGUGAUCUUACAACUAAAUCACAUGGAGUUUCGUCUGGACCUAUUGAAAUAUUAGAUUCUAAAACAAUCAAGAUUCCUAUGUUUUCCUACAAUGGUGCUGGGAAAGACACGUACUUCGUUGUUGGGAAUGGACCUCAACCAUCAGCUAAAGGGCGAAAAAUUCCAGAUGAAUCAGGAUAUCUAGACAAUUUAAGAACUUAUUUAAAUGAAACUAUUAUACUAGAGCUGGUUGGAGAUACUACAGUUUUUGACAUAGAUUGGUUAAGCGUGUAUGAUUUACAAACUAAAGACAAUUUUGGAUGGGUUUUAAUACCGGAUGAACCAAAUGUACCCCCAUCUUUACAGAAAGUUGCUGAUAAAAUAGAGAAUAUUCAGCAUUGUGUUCAAUUACAUAAAAAGCUUCAACUAAGUUGGCAAGUAUUUGGCCCUCAAAUUACAAUAAGACUAGCAGGACAAAUAGAUGAAGAUAAUUAUAUGGCAUUUGGAUUUAGUGGAUCUGAAGAAGCGCCUCAAAUGCUUGGAGCUGAUAUUGCUAUAACAUACAUUGAUGGGUUUAGAGGCCAAGCAAUGGAUUAUAACGUUACAGACAAAUCUCCAUGUGUGAAAGUAUUGGGGCAGUAUAAAGGAGUAUGUAGAGACACUCUUGUUGGUGGAUUAGAUGACAAUCAAGUACAUACUGCAACUAGAGAAAAUGGAAUCAAUGUCAUAACAUAUAGAAGAAACUUACAAUCAUAUGAUGCUGGAGACAAAGAGUUUAAAACUAAUGCAUUAAAUUCGAUGAUCUGGGCAAUUGGUCGUAUGAAUCAUCAAAAAGAGCCCAGUGUUCAUGAUUUUUUCCCAAGAAGUGUAUUAAAACUCGACCUAGAUCCUAAGCCUCCAAUCGAUACUUGUUAUCCAUUUACUGUGAAUACUGAAACUUUAAAAAAGGAUGUAUGGGAACAACCAAAAAUCAUUGAUUCGAGUUUACGAAUGAUGACUGCUACCUUAGGUCCAUCAGGUGGGAAAAAAGGAUUUCAAGGUCUAACGGGUUUACCUUCACCUGGUCUUGCAUGGUUUAUAAAUGGAUAUUUAAUACCUGAAAUAUGGUUGAAACGUGGCAUUACAUAUGUAAUUCAUAUUUAUGGGGGCAACAACCCUCAUAGUUCACAGUAUUAUCAUCCAUUUGUAAUAACCGAUGAACCAAAUGGUGGCUAUGAUGGUAUGACAGAUGUUGCACAGAAACAUACUAGAAUAUUAGCCGGUGUUCAAUAUACAUUAAGGAGACAAGCUCGACCUACUUCUGCGGGCCCAUUAUGUUUGCGUGAACGGAAGGGAUUUGAUCGCCGUUUAGAUGAUAAUUUUCUUUCAUUUAAAGAAUUUAAUAAAUCAUUGGAUAUGAGAUGUGAACCAGGAGAUCCAGCUGUAUUGGAAUUUAAACCAAAUUCUUCUUGGCCAGAUAUAGUAUAUUACCAUAGUUUUGUUCAAAGCAAUAUGGGCUGGAAGUUACAUAUUGUUGACAAAUUUAGUACAGGUAGAAAUUCAGCUGCUCAAGUACAAUUUAAUUGGAUCUUAGGAAUGUUAUUUUACCUAAUUUUUACUCAAAUGUGAUAUUUUAGAUUUAAAUAUAUUUGUACAGUUUACAGUUAUGAAAAAUAAAAUAAUUUAUGCAUAC